AUGAAGCCUAUCCGGAAUUCAGAGGACUUCGAGAAGGCUGCCGUUUUGAUCAGAAGUGGCAUUGAUAUUAAUUGUCAUGAUACUACAGGAAUGACUCCCCUCGCCGCAUCUGCGUAUAGAGGCUCUUUACCUCUAGUUCAAUUAUGCAUAGAGAAAGGAGCUAACGUCAAUGACAAGGAUCACAAGCAAGGCUAUACUCCACUUAUGUUUGCAGCUCUUUCUGGGAAACCCGACAUCUGCAAAUAUUUAAUGGAUCAAGGCGCCCGCUCUUACUUAACCAAUUCAAUCGGGAAAACUGCUUGUGAGCUCGCAGCCUUUGUUGGGCAACAUGAAUGCGUUUCGAUCAUCAACAAUCAUGUAAGUAUAGAUGAAAUCGAAAAGUUUCUCUCUCCUCACGUCGAAUCUGGCCCAGUGGAGACAUAUCCGGAACAUCUUUCUCGUUUCAUACACAAAAUAUGUAGCUGGCAUCAGGUACGGCUUUUUUGUUCCUUCCAACCAACGAAUAUCCAGGUCCAUCCCGUUGCUAUUACAAUGGAGCUAAGUCAGUAUGAGGACGCUAUAAAAUAUCAGAAGAAGAUUUUGUAUGUAGUAGAUCGUGUAUUCGAAAAGCAACUGCGAUGCAAAGAAGGAAAUGAGGUGAUGUCUUUGAAAGUAUGGAUUAUACUCUUCGUACUGCGAGAAAUUUACAAGUAUAUCGCCGAUCUGAUAUCGUCAGGCAAGAGUGUUCAUGAUGCUUGUCUUGUGUAUGCUAGAUUCCUCCUGAAAUGGGAACCAGGAGAGCAAGUAAGAAAGAAUCAGGAAACACUGCUCCGGAACGCAAUGGCUGCAUUUCCUUACCAUCAUUCUCUUCUUUAUGAAACAAUGGUCAAGGCUAUGUCCAAAACGCCAUUUGGAGAACGGCCCACUGCUUUCGAAUACAUUGUGCAAGGUUUGUUCGGCCAACGAUUGCUGAUGGUCAGUAAAUUUUGCGGGACUUGUGGAGCAUUCAGUGCCAAGAAGCGCUGUCCCAAAUGCAAGUUGUGCUAUUGCUCUGUCGAAUGCCAGAAGUUCGACUGGCCAAUCCACAAGUUGUGUUGUAAAUCUAUCAAAGAAUGGAACUUGCCAACUGAUGCGAGGGACACUAUUUCCCUUGAAGACAUUCAAGCUACCAUUAAUGAGAUUGACCAAUGA